AUGGCUCUACCACUUCUUCCACGAUCCAAACCGCUGCCGAUCAUUCACCUUAAUGGAUUCCCUGGAACCGGAAAACUGACCAUUGCACGAGAGGUCGUUACAAUCUUACAGGAGCACUUUGCAUCCUUUGGGACGGGAGAAAAAGUCAAGCUUGUGCACAAUCAUCUAAUGAUUAAUCCCGCCGAUGCUGUCCUGCACAGAACGCAGCCAGGGUAUCAAAAACUACGCAAAGCGUUGCGAGACGCGAUAUUCUCGACGCUGAAAAGCGAGCCCGCCACGUUCACCACGGCCUACCUGUUCACCGACUGGCAGAGUGGUGAUGAUAUUGGCAUACAAGUGUGCAAAGACUUUCAAUCUACAGCAAUUGAGCGAGGGUGCGAAUUCAUUCCGAUUAUUGUCCACUGCGAGCAGGCGGAGAACAUUGCUAGACUCGGGAACAGUGAUCGGGUACUCUGGAACAAGGUCACUGACCCUGAACUCCUGAUACGAUUUCGAGAGGAAUUGCACCCACCACCAGUCCAUCUGUUUGAGGAUGUGGACACCCGCUUGGAACUGGACGUUACAAAGCUGAGUGCUCAGCAAGCAGCACAACGUAUCAUGCGACAUGUGCUCACAUGCCUAUCCAACAGCGCGAGCGAUGUUCUGCGAAAUUCGGAACCAUGA